AUGCACACACAAUUAUACAAUAUUUUACCACCUGGGGUAAAUACUCAGUCACAAUCCCAAUUCAGAUCACAGCCUUCCCAUCUAUCAAAUGCACCAUUGAUUUAUUCUCAUUAUUAUCCAAAUGAUACACUAUCACAAUCAUCUCAUCAACAAGAACCUCAACAUCAACAUCAGCAGCAUCAUUUUCAUCAGCAACAACCACAUGAGCAAUUAUUACAAACUACUAUCCAUACUACUACUGUUAAUACUACUACUACUACUAAUACAACGCCAACCCUAUCAUCAUCAACGCUGUCUAAUUACACAGUAAAUAUUCCUAAUAUUGACAAUUAUCCUUUAUCAAAUGAAUCUAACAGACAUGGAAAUGAUACAGACAUUAUAUUUUCAACUAUUCCAUCUUAUACUACUAAUUCGCUGUCAUCAUCAUCAGCAACAAACUCAUCUACUGCAUUGUCAUCUUUCAUACCGGAUUCAACAAUCAAUUACACUAAUCGUGGACAAUUAAAUUGUACUUUAGCGUAUUUAUCAAAUCAAACAAAUAAUUUCACAAAUUCCGAUUCUUAUCAUUCAGCUCAUCAUUUACAACCGCCACCAAUUAAUUCAUUGAAAGAAUCAACUACUAGUUCUAAUCCUUUGAAAUUAUUAUAUCCUCAGUGUUAUAUUACAUCACCGACAGUAAAUGAUGCAUGUGACACCCCUACACAAUCGAUUGGAUCAUGUGAUAAUUCCAUGCCACAUAUAUGGCCUCAAUCAAUGAGUCAUGUUCAAUGUUCAACAAAUUUUUUAUCUUCCUAUUCCACUGGAAUGGCUGCAGCGGCGGCGGCGGCAGCAGCGGCUGCAGCAGCAGCAGCAGCUUCUGUCUCGAUUCAUCCAACCUCUUUUGAUAAUACACAAUCAUCAGUGUUUGUAUCCGCAUCGUCAACAUCCAAUACAACACAAUUUCAUCGUUAUUUAAAUGAUAGACAUUUACGAAACAAUAAUAAUAAUAACAAUAAUAAUAAUAAUAGUAAUAAUAUCAAUAAUCAUUCAACUAUGUGUAAUCAAACAUUAGGACGUGUAAAUUAUUUAACCUCUACUCCAAUCUCAUCACCGAUCAAUAAUAUCAAUGAUCAUCUAUCCGAAUCGAAAUUUCCAUUGACGACAUAUCCAACUGUGACAACGACAACAGCAACAGCAACAACAACAUCCUCAUCGUCAUUAUCGUGUUUAUCUUCUGCGACAUGUGAUUUGUAUAAUAUGCCACAACAUUUAUUAUCGAAUCGUUUAUCAAUGAAUUCACAUUUCACUUCGUCGACUUUAACAUCCAUACCAAGUGGUGAAUUAAGAAGACCUGGGAGUAAUAAUGAAUUAUUCUAUUGUCAAUGGAUUGAUCCAAUGCCUACAAUACCUGGUUCCAUGCCGAAACCAUGCGGUAGAGUAUUUGACUGUGUCACAGAAAUAGUUAAUCAUAUUACAUUGGAACAUGUUGGCGGUCCGGAACAAUUAGAUCAUACAUGUUAUUGGAAAGAUUGUAUACGAGAUGGUAAACCGUUUAAAGCAAAAUAUAAAUUAGUUAAUCAUAUACGUGUACAUACUGGGGAGAAACCAUUUCCAUGUCCAUUCAGUGGUUGUAUGAAAGUAUUUGCACGUAGUGAAAAUUUGAAAAUUCAUAAAAGAACACAUACUGGUGAAAAACCAUUUGUUUGUGAAUUUGAAGGCUGUGAUCGUCGAUUUGCUAAUAGUUCCGAUAGAAAAAAGCAUAUGCAUGUACAUAUGAAUGAUAAACCAUAUUUUUGUCGAUUUAAAGGUUGUGAUAAAAGUUAUACGCAUCCUAGUUCAUUGCGUAAACAUUUACGUGUACAUUAUUUAUCACCAAAUGAUACAUUGAACUCCAUUGAUUAUGAUACACAUUCAAAUUCCAGUGAUACACUGAUUAAAACAAAUCAUGAUAAUCAUCCGCUGAGUAUAAAUAAUUCACGUUCAUGUACCCGUGAUAGUAAUAGUAUGGAUAUGACAGAAUUUCUAAAAUGUGAAUCACAUCAUUCCAAUCAUAGUACAAAUUAUUUUUAUUCUAUGCUGAAUCGAGAUAGCACUGAUUGUUUACGGAAUACGAAUAGUACAUUGAUUGGUACUACUAAUACUAGUAGUUGUACUACUACUACUUCUACCACGACGACAACAACCAGUACUACUACUACUACUCCUACUAUCACUCACAAUAAUAAUAAUAAUACCAAUAACACAUUGAGUAAAUUACGAAAGAAAACACAACCUGAUUCAAUACAAACAUCAGAUUAUUCAUUUCGUAAAGUUUCAAGAAAACGUCAUUAUUCCACGAGAAAUGAAUAUGAUUCAGAGAGUUUUACACAUGUCAAUACAACUACAAAUACUAACAUGACCAGUAGUAGUUGUAGUAGUAGUAAUAAUAGUAAGAUUAACAACAUUCGUUCACCAUCAUCCAAAGAUUUUAUGUCCCAGCUAGCAGCUGUAGUAUGUGGUCCAACAGAGAAACCAUGUAAAUCUCAACGAAAUCAUUUACAUUAUAAUGAAUUUCAAGAAACUAUUCCACCACAAUCAGACAAUUUUUCACAAUUUCGUAAUGAUACAUUUAUGUGGGAACAUUUAGACAAUGAAUUUCCUAUGGUUGCUAAUCGUAAUAAUAAUAAUAAUAUUAAUAAUUAUGAUUAUUAUAAGAAAUCUAUGAGUACUCCAUCAUAUUUAACAUCCAAUUAUAAUAUCGACCAAUUUUCACCGAAUUCACGUACCUAUUCCUCGUUACAUUUUGGUCAGUCUUUAACAAGUUUAUCACAAAUCACCCCGUCCUCUCCAACAGACCUUGGUCCACAACAACAUGAAAUAACCAAUAGAGACAGUAGAAAAAUGAAAUCUGACUUAUUGAAUUUAAAUCGGUCCUAUGAAUUACAUAAUCACGUGAUUAAUAGCAACAACAAUAAUAAUAAUAAUAAUAGUAAUACUAGUACUAGUCUAUCGAUUAAUCUACAUCCUCAUCCUCAUCAUCAUCAUCAACCAGAAGAAGAAGAACUAAUUGAUCAUGUACACCAUUUAUCAAGACAGAAUUCAUUGAAUGACUAUACACAGAAUUUAUUUCAUGCCAAUGAAUUUUUAAUGGAAACUCAAAGAAAUUUCGGCUUUAUGAAACAUGCCUAUUAUCAGAAUCAACAAUAUGGUCAAGGAUUAGAUUGUUUUUCGCCGACAACUACACAACAAUUUCAUUCUGAUAGUCAACAACAACAACAACAACAACAACAUCACCAACAACAUCAUCAUCAUCAGCACGUACAACCAUCUCAUCAUUUUCAACAUCAACAAAUGAAUUCAUCACCGAAAUUAUACAAUAACUUAUAUGCUAUUGAUACAAAUCUUUUGUAUACAAAUAAUGGUCAUAGUAAUAAUACUACUACUACUACUACUACUAAUUCACAGUCAUUGCAUAAUUUACAACAACAACAGCAACAACAUUCAGGUUAUUCCGAAACAAGUCAUCAAUCGAAUUCAACUGAUUCUGAUUUGGAAGGUAGUAGUAUAUUAUUUAAAACAAACCUGUCAGCAAACAAUUCAUUUAUAACUAAUAAUAACAAUAAUUCUACAACAUCUUUUACUGGUAUUUUAUCGACACUAACUAAUGAUAAUACUAAUACCAAUUUACCAAUGAAUAAUAAUAUGCCAGUCAUUUCAACACCGACUAUGAUUACGAAUUGUGAUAUGAAUUCCAGUGUGAAUUCAUUAUUACAACCAUGUAAAAUGAUGCCAACCAUUAUGACUAAUGAUUUGAUGAUAGAAUUGAAAGGAAAUCAAUUUAAAGAAAAUUUACAAGAGAAUCAUAAAAAUUCAACAGAUUUAUCAUUAUCAGAAACAUUGACAAAUGAAAUACAAUUUUCGGCGGUUAAUUCACUUUCAAAUUGGCUUUCAUUAAAUAAUAAUAAUAACGGUAAUAAUAAUAAUAAUAAUAAUAAUAAUAAUAAUGGAUUGUCAGUUAGAAAUUAUCUUGAAUGGUCCAUGUCAAAUAAUAAUGACACAAUAACUACAACAUCUACGCUUAAUAAUCCUAAUCAUUUCAAUAAUGUAACUUAUCACUCAUUAGACAACAAUACAAAUGAUCAAAAUACUAUUGAUAGUACACGUUCCAUUGUACAUUGUCCAAUGAAAUGUGAAAAUUUUGAUCAUGUUGCUUUAUCAAACAACACCAAUAAUAAUGAUACUAAUAGCUUUGUUUUAUGUGACAGGGUGAAAGACAAAACUAAUCAUGGCAUCAUUUCACCGUACAAUUCAAAUUGUACAUUUUCCUAUGUUGCUAAUUCAGACAAUGAAGAUGAAUUGCCGAUUGAAGAAGCGAAUAAUGCACUGAAUGAAAUGAAUGAACAUAAGAAUGAAUUUAUUGACAACUAUUCGUCGUCAUCGUCAUCAUCAGUAUGUUCAACUACUUCCUCGACAAUACGUGAUUCUGUUCAUCAUUCUGCAACGUCACACUCUAUCAUGAAUAAUUCAAUUAUUCAGGUAAACACGAACAGUACUACUGCUACUACUACGACUACUACUACUAGUAGUAGUAGUAGUAGUAGUACUACCACUCCUCCGCCUGCUUUUCCUCUGACAACCACCACGAAUAUGACUACUGCAACUACGAUUUUUACAAAUAGUAAUCAUGAGAGAAGAAAUAGCCUAUGUGACAGUUUACAAGUGAAAUAA